GCCGCCUCUCGUUCUCUGUAUCUCCCCGUCUCUUUCUUCUCCCUUCCUUCCCUUUCUCCUUCUCCCCCUCAAACGCCUGACUGACGGACGGCGGGCAGGAAAAGCCUGAAGCAUCACAAGGGCCAUAUUGUUCAGGAUUUCAGAGAGCAAUCGUUUAUCUUUGUGGAUACAAGUAAACGGACAAUGGUGUCCCGACCAUCUGCUCAAGCUGCUUGAGAACAGGCGUCUGUGCAAAUGGCAUGAAAGCAGGGAAAAAGCAAUAAUCCCAGCUGGCAGUCCAAAAAUAACCAGAUUGGAGGGUGGAAGGAAAAAGAAGGAAAAGGGAAGACUAAAAUGGAGAGAACAGUCAAGCAUCAAGUAUUGGAACUGACAUCUGAAUUAAAGAGUGCAAAAAAUCUCUUCCCUCUUUAACUAUUGAAACAACUAAAAUGGAAAACUGACUAAAAGAGGCCUUUCUCUGAGCUCUGCCUGCCGCACAGCCAUACGUGUUAGAUGACUUUGGGACUCGCUUCUCGUCAGCGAUGAAGGGAUUAUCCGGCAGCCGCAGUCACCAUCACGGGGUGGCCUGUGACCCUGCCUGUGACAGCCUGCCACACCACCAGGACAGGAAGCCAUAUUUGUUAAACCCGGUGGACCCCCACCCCGCAGACCACCCUUACUACACUCAAAGGAACUCUUUCCAGGCCGAGUGCAUGGUGCCCUACAAUGAUCAGAUUGCCAGCAGCACGUUCCCCCGGAGGCACUACAGCUCCCACCACGAACUCAAGGACGAGUGCGCUCUGGUUCCCCACGGAACUGCCAACAAGACCAACCGCAUUCCUGCCAACCUUUUGGACCAGUUUGAGCGGCAGCUGCCCCUGAACCGGGACGGCUACCACACUCUGCAGUACAAGCGCACUGCCAUGGAGCACCGCAGCGACAGCCCGGGCAGGAUCCGGCACCUGGUUCAUUCUGUCCAAAAGCUCUUCACCAAGUCCCACUCGCUGGAAGGACCGUCCAAGGGCAGCGUCAACGGGGGGAAAGCGAGCCCGGAGGAGUCACAGACGAUGAGGUAUGGGAAGCGCAGCAAGAGUAAAGAAAGGCGAUCAGAAGGUAAGCCCAGGUCCAGUGCAUCAGGAUGGUGGAGUUCAGAUGACAACUUGGACAAUGAUGUUUGCAUUUAUCAUGGUCCCAGUGGGGUCAUGACCAUGGGAAGAUGCCCUGACCGCUCUUCUUCCCAAUACUUUAUGGAAGCCUAUAACACUAUUAGCGAACAUACUGUGAAGUCCUCCAGAAGCAAUAAUGAUGUCAAAUGCUCUACCUGUGCAAACCUGCCUGUGAAUUUGGACUCCCAGUUAAUGAAGAAAAGCUCUUGGUCCUCUACAUUAACCGUGAGCAGAGCCCGUGAAGUUUACCAGAAAGCAUCAGUUAACAUGGACCAGACAGUGGUGAAGGCAGAGACGUGUCAGCAGGAACGGUCAUGUCAGUACCUCCAGGUUCCUCAGGAUGAAUGGAGUGGCUACACCCCACGAGGGAAGGAUGACGAGAUUCCCUGCCGCCGGAUGCGCAGUGGCAGCUACAUCAAAGCCAUGGGGGACGACGACAGCGGAGACUCGGACACCAGCCCGAAGCCAUCUCCAAAGAUUGCUGCACGGAGGGAGAGCUAUCUCAAGGCCACCCAGCCGUCCCUCACCGAGCUCACCACCCUCAAGAUAUCCAGCGAACACUCGCCAAAGCUUCAGAUCCGGAGCCACAGUUACCUGAGGGCAGUGAGUGAAGUGUCCAUCAACAGGAGCCUGGACAGCCUGGACCCUGCAGGGCUGCUGACGUCCCCCAAGUUCCGCUCCCGCAACGAGAGCUACAUGAGAGCCAUGAGCACCAUCAGCCAGGUGAGCGAGAUGGAGGUGAACGGGCAGUUCGAGUCGGUCUGCGAGUCGGUGUUCAGCGAGCUGGAGUCGCAGGCGGUGGAGGCUCUGGAUCUGCCCAUGCCGGGCUGCUUCCGCAUGAGGAGCCACAGCUAUGUCAGAGCCAUCGAGAAGGGCUGCUCCCAGGAUGACGAGUGCAUCUCGCUGCGCUCCUCCUCUCCCCCGCGUACCACCACCACGGUGAGGACCAUCCAGAGCAGUACUGGUGUGUCAGCUUUACAGAGCUCACCAGCACAAAAAGAGGAUCUUGGCAUUGUUACAGUGGCGAACAUAGAAGACGCUUCAUACAUCCGGGUGGAUGACUUGCAUUGUCAAGAUCUUUUAAAAGAUCUGGGCGUUAUUAGAGUGUCAUCCUGCAUCACCACCUACAAGAAGACGCCUCCUCCAGUGCCACCGAGAACCACCACCAAACCCUUUAUUUCCAUCACAGCCCAGAGCAGCACAGAGUCUGCCCAAGAUGCAUACAUGGAUGGGCACGGGCAGAGGGGCGACAUCAUCAGUCAGUCUGGACUCAGCAACUCCACGGAAAGCCUGGACAGCAUGAAGGCACUGACAGCUGCCAUUGAGGCUGCCAAUGCCCAGAUCCACGGCCCUGCAAGCCAGCACGUAGGGAACAACACUGCCACUGUCACCACCACCACAACCAUUGCCACUGUUGCAGUAGAAGAUAGGAAGAAGGACCACUUCAAGAAAAACAGAUGCUUAUCUAUUGGAAUACAGGUUGAUGGUGCUGAAGAAUCCACCAUACCAGGUGACAAUAAAGCAACCAGUAAGUUCCAGUCCAUAGGAGUUCAAGUAGAGGAGGAGAAGUGCUUUCGCAGGUUUACGCGAUCUAAUAGUGUAACAACAGCUGUGCAAGCAGACCUGGAUUUCCAUGAGAACUUUGAAAUAAUCGACCCUCAAGAGGACAAUUCAUGUUCUGGACAAAUAUCAAGGCAGUUUUCUCGAGAUGCAAGCACCUCUACCGUUAGCAUACAAGGGUCAGGAAACCAUUACCAUGCAUGUGCAGUGGAUGAUGACUUUGAGACAGAUUUUGAUCCGUCAAUUUUACCUCCUCCUGACCCAUGGAUUGACUCUAUUACUGAAGAUCCUUUGGAAGCUGUUCAAAGGUCUGUGUGCCCACGAGAUGGCCACUGGUUUCUGAAGCUGCUUCAGGCAGAGAGAGAUCGUAUGGAGGGCUGGUGCCAACAGAUGGAGAGAGAAGAACGUGAAAACAACUUACCUGAGGACAUUCUAGGGAAAAUUCGAACUGCAGUGGGCAGUGCCCAGCUUCUCAUGGCUCAGAAAUUUUACCAGUUCAGAGAACUUUGCGAAGAAAACCUGAAUCCUAAUGCACAUCCACGGCCGACCUCCCAGGAUUUAGCAGGGUUUUGGGAUAUGCUGCAGUUGUCCAUAGAAAAUAUUAGUAUGAAAUUUGAUGAACUUCAUCAGUUAAAGGCCAAUAAUUGGAAACAGAUGGAUCCUCAUGACAAGAAGGAGAGAAGGGUCCCUCCUCCAGUGCCAAAGAAGCCAUCGAAAGGUCAGGUGCCACUCAUACGAGAACGCUCUCUGGAAAGCUCUCAGCGUCAGGAGGCCCGGAAACGGCUGAUGGCUGCCAAGCGCGCUGCAUCGGUCCGCCAGAACUCAGCUACCGAGAGCGCCGAAAGCAUUGAGAUAUACAUCCCCGAAGCCCAGACCAGGCUAUGAAGGGAUCCAACCGGGAGGACUCUCUCUGGCAAGACAAGCCUCAUGUAUAAUCUGCCCCUCUAGGCUCCUGCUCAAGGUCACCACAAAGUAUUUGUACCUCCUCCUCUCUCUCUCGCUCUCUGUCCCUCCUCUCCCCCUCCCCUCUCUCUGUACGCAGCUGCCCCGAUGCUCCCAGUGAACUCCACUGCCGUGGCGUAGUUGUCGGUCCUCCGAGAGAUGUCCUCUAACCACCCUUGCUUUCUGAAGGUUCGCCCAUGUCAUCACGACGCUUUGUCACAUGUACUGAUGCUGCCACUUUGCCUCAUGUAAACGAGCACGAUCCUUUUUUCUUUUCUGUUUGGAACAAAUAAACACAGCACUCAGACCUCCACACACCCGCGCACCUGUACAGUAGAUGCUCCAUUUAACUUACUCAUGAUCUUUAGUUGACCUAAAGCUAGUCUGUUACCCAGUGUACAGCAAUAUCAAACUGUAGGGGACUUUGGUAUUUUCAGUCAAGCAGGGUGAUCCUUUCGGACUCUGCCGUCUUCCUCACAAAAGAUGAAAGGAGCUAUGACUCGGAUUCCCUUCUUUUUAUUACUGUUUUUUUUUUUUAAGCAGAUGGCGCACUUUAUUCUAAACCUCCAAAUCACAUUUUCACCUGAAUUAAGGAGUCACACAAGGGGAGGGAGCUUGGGUGGGAGCGGGGAGGGGGGAACGAAAAGAAACCCCACAGCUCUGGCAGGUGAAAAAGUGGAAGUAUAUCCCACAGGUGAGAUGGUAAGGGAUAUAAAAGAUCCUGUGGAAAGAUACCUGCACACUCACAGCUGCACAAACUGCCUCAUUUUUAUUUCAUCAAUCACUACUUAAACAUUUCAAUCAGCAGAAGAUUGUAAAUUCGAUCUUCCAGGGAAAUAAUCUAUUUUGAAAGGCAAUAAAAGAGUAAAAAGGAAGGAGAUAAGAAGCAAUGACAGUUGAAGAGAUAAUAUAAAAGAAGGAUUUUCUUGUCCAAGUAUUAAGAAUUUUUAAAAUUGUACUGUAUUGUCAAUUCCUCUUGUAUUGUAUUGUAUGGAUU